UUUACCGGCAUUUCACCGUCGGCAGGCGAGACUAUCCUUGUACUAUUUAUUUAUUUAUUUAUUUAUUGUCGGAGAGUUUUGUAUAACUUUGAAGAUGUUGUGCCUGUGCCUUUAUGUGCCUGUCCACAAUUCUGAUCAAAUCGAAGUGGAGUAUUUCGAAUCGAAUGGAUUACCAUCCGAGCUUAAGUCGCUCUUUAAACUCAGUGUUCUUCUGCCGUCCCAGGAAUUCUCGACAUACCGAAAAUGGAGAAAGAAAUGUUUGAAAACCGAAGAAAAAGAACUCGAUGGGCAGCUGGACUUCGAGAAGUUUGUUCACUAUCUUCAAGACAACGAGAAAGACUUGAAGCUCGUCUUUAAAAGCCUGGAUGGGAAGAAUGCUGGUCAAGUAAACGUCAAUGACAUUGUGAACUCAUUACGAGAUCUUGGAGUCUAUAUUUCCCUGCCGCAAGCAGAGAUGGUCCUUAAAAGCAUGGACAAAAAUGGAACAAUGACCAUUGACUGGAAUGAAUGGAAGAAGGAUCCAUCACAACAGCCUGCUGAGAACAUUCCAGAAAUCAUCCUCUACUGGAAACACUCAUCUAUCUUCGAUGUUGGUGAGAACUUGAUGGUUCCGGAUGAGUUUACAACAGAGGAACACAAGACUGGGAUAUGGUGGAGACACCUGGUAGCAGGUGGAGGUGCUGGAGCAGUUUCUCGAACCUUCACUGCUCCACUUGACCGACUCAAAGUACUUAUGCAGGUUCAUGGUUCCCAUAGCAACAACAUGUGCAUCAUGACCGGUCUCACCCAGAUGAUCAAGGAAGGAGGGAUGCGGUCGUUAUGGAGGGGCAACGGCAUCAACGUCAUCAAAAUUGCCCCUGAGUCGGCCCUCAAGUUCAUGGCUUAUGAACAGAUUAAGCGUCUGAUGGGCAGCAGUCAGGAAACUUUAGGCAUCACGGAACGCUUUGUGGCAGGUUCUCUGGCAGGAGUCUUAGCACAAAGUGCAAUUUACCCUAUGGAGGUUCUCAAAACUCGCCUGGCGUUAAGAAAGACGGGCCAGUACAAGGGCAUCUCGGACUGUGCCAAACAGAUCCUCAGGGGUGAGGGUGUCUUGGCGUUCUACAAAGGCUAUGUGCCCAACAUGCUGGGCAUCAUUCCCUACGCUGGCAUCGAUCUGGCCGUCUAUGAGACGUUGAAGAACACGUGGCUUCAGCGCUACGGUACGGACAGUGCAGAUCCUGGUGUGUUAGUGCUUCUAGCCUGCGGUACCGUUUCCAGCACGUGCGGCCAACUCGCCAGCUACCCGCUUGCUCUCGUACGAACACGCAUGCAGGCACAAGCCACGGUUGAAUGCGCUUCCCAGGUCACCAUGACGGGGCUCUUCAAACAGAUCAUGAAGACCGAAGGUCCCAUGGGUCUCUACCGGGGUCUGACUCCAAACUUCCUGAAAGUUAUCCCGGCUGUCAGCAUCAGCUAUGUUGUAUAUGAGCACAUCAAGUCAACAUUAGGAGUCCAGUCAAGAUGAGGAGCGUAUGAAGGGAUGUAAAUCUCAAGGUUUUGAACCUUGAGGUGUGACCGCAAUCUCAUUCUGUGAAUGCAAGUGGGAAGGGGAUGAAACCAUUAAUUAACAUGCACAAAAGCAGUAUUUUACUGGGGGGGGGGGGAGAAUUUGCUCUCCAAACCUGUAACAUUUCAUUAUCUAUUUAAUGUUCUAGACUUGAGAAUUAAGAAUAAAGGCACUGUGUUCGUUGUUCGAAAGCUGAAUUCAGGGACCAACCUUUUGGAUUUCAUGUGAGUGAAUCGAGUGCUGUUAUGAUCCAUUUGGGCAGUGAAGAAAUGUCAACACUACAAACAAAACUAUGAAAUCUUUGCAUUAUUACAUGCUGAGUGACCUUGCACUGCCUAUGUUCUUACAAAUGCUGCUUUAUAUUGACUAAAGCGAUAUAUUUAUAUAUGUUAACCAGAUAUCUAUUUAUAUUGUGGCAUCCAGAAUUUUAUAAAUGCAUUUCUUGGCACAUCUUAAAGCCAGUGUUUUAACUGUGUAACGGGGUUAAACUGCUGUCUAAUUUAAUUUUAAAUCAGCACACACUUUAAGUUCUUCACUUUCCUUAAUAUAUGAGGAUGUCUGGUUGAUUUGGUAAAUGAAUGCACUUUAAUUGCUUUGGUCAAUUUGAAAUGCUUUAUCUAAUAAGGAAAUGUAAUGACCUUAAACUUGCAACAUUGUCAAUGGGUGUGAAUGUUUUGUGAUCCAGGACCAUAUGUUCAGCAAAUAAAUGCACAUGAUAUGCUUA